CAUGAAUUCAUCAGCCUGAGUGUUCGUGAGGAUGAACGGAGGAUGGAGCAGCUGAGGAGUCGGGACCUGGGCGCCGCUGAAAGGGAAGCUCUAAAAUGACAAAAGGUCGCCCCCUGUGGGUGAGACCGGAACCUGGGUGCUCCAGUUUGGUUCUGUUCUGAUCAAACCAGCAGGGGGAUCUUAUCACCAUGGCAUCUGCCUCAGGCAUUUUGAAACGAAGAAAGCAUGCAGUCCACAUUGAGGGCUCAUUGCCAGAGGAGGAGGGAUUUUCCACCGUUCCAAACCCUGAUGCCUCCUGGGGGGCGGAGCCAAAUUUCAACCUUAACCUGACUCUGACGUCUCCAAGCAAUCCUCGGGACUUUUCCAAGCUCCAGUCCAGCAAGAGAAGGGAUGAAAGCAACAAAGAAGGUGGUAAACGAGUGGUAAGAGGAACCGCUGCAGUAGAAUCCAGAACUGUGCUUUCACUAGAUGAAAGACAGAAAAGCAGAAUUCCAACGUUAUCACCAGCACCCGAGGUGAAGGUGAACACAGAAGGGAACCUGUUCAAACCUCCAUGUGUGAAGCCCGUCAAAACCCUCAGUCCUGUGGCACAUGUGGACAGCAACACGGCACUGAGUCAACGAUCCCACCCAGUGGAACAGACAACAAAUGAUCCAACCGCCAGACCCAAUUCCCCAACAUCCAACGUGACAUCAGCGAAACUGAACAUCAUACUGACAACUGGACUGACAUUUGACCUGGAAAUGCAAUCAAACGCAAAAGAACAGGAAGGAAGAGAUGUCAACAUGAAGACUCCAACACAAACUCUGUGUGUUCCCAUAAGUCCAAAAAGACACAUCAAAGCAGGAGAGGCUAACAGGAUCAGCCCAAAAUUGGCCUCAAGGAACAUCUUAGGGCCAAUUGGAACCAAAAAGACAGACAUAGAUACAAUCACUAACAUAACAAAUCCAAAAACAAGCUCAGAAAUAUCUUUUAUUGGUCAAAAUCCGCAGACUCAGAGAGUAGAAUCAGCACUUCUCUGCACCAAAACACCCCAGGUAUCUUCUCUUAGUCCCCAUCCAUGGACGCACAAAACAACCACCAACAUCUCAGUUGGUAAGAAGUCACGACCCAAUGAUAAAGAAUCAAAUUCCUCUUCUGGACUCAAAACUAAUGUCAAGUUUUUAAACUUCAAAGGUACAGAGGUCUCCAAAGACUGUAGGGAGUCGAUAUCCGACCACAGUUCUAAAUCUCUGAUGGGAUCAAGAGAUACUCUGGACUCCAAAAGUAGUUUGGACUCCAAACCCAGGUCUAGAACCAGUCCCAGAAUCAACGCUGGCCACAAAACAUCCAAGGAAAUGAAAACUGAUGUGAGAUCAAGAGUUGUUCAGGAUCCAGAAUCUCUUCCAGACUUAGAAGCUGGUUUGACUUUCAAGACAAGUGUUAAACCCCCUCUGAAGGGCCCUCACUGUGUCCUAGACCUUUGUGGCUCUGUUUCCCCAUCCACCCCUCUAAGAAGUGGCCUGAAGUGCAUCUGUGCUUCUGCUAAGCCCAGUUCAAGUCUCAAGGCUGAACAAGAAACCUUCAUGUCUGCACUAGUGCAAGCUACUGCUGAGUCACCUCUGGAAGAAGUCUCCUCUUCAGAGAUGCUUUCUUCUUGGCUGGUGUCAGCAAGUAUAAAUCCUGGAUCGAACCCUGAAAGAGGUUCUGGUGUGAGUUCACCAGGACCACAGAAGGAGGACAAGAAGAACACCUGCUUUGAUCCAGGUCUCUUGGUGCCUUUGGCCACCUCCAGUCCAAAAAACACGAGGAUUUCUUUAAAAGUCAAGGAUGACUCCAAAUUUGAGUCCAUGACGGGCGAUUCUCUCAGAACAAACUCCAGCAAGUCCCCAGGUACAACUCAGGGUCUCACUAUCCUCAAAACAUUUAUUGGAAAGGAACGUUUGAAAACAUCACAAAGCAAAGUCAAAGCUUCAGGAGGUCCAUUAUUGUGUCCUGAGGCAGAGAGUUGUUCAGGAGUCACAAGGACAACGUCCUUCACCACUCAGAGUGAAGUUGAUGGUCUGGGGACUGAAGGAGUCGUAAUCUCUGGAGGCAACAUCUCACUGUCAGGAACCAAGAGUGCAGGAGGUGAGAAAGAAAGGAAGAAGGGAGAAGGCAGGAAGUUUUCGUCAGCUUCUGGUCCUACUCACGUUUGUAUCCCAACCUCUAAGAAGGUGAAGGAGACCUGGACCAUGACUGACCCCCAUGGGAGGGGAGGUUCUCAGGUCAGGGAUCAGAAAGAGGUGGGCAUCCAGGUGGGAGUGGAGACGGGUGAACGCUCCACCUCCACAAGUCCAGACUCAAUGUUUGGCGGCAUCCCGGCCGACCGGUCGGCCAUCAAGCACGUCUGUAAGAUCGACAUCGAGCUGCGCGGCCAAAGUCUGCUUCCCUCUGUCAUACCUGAUGAAUGUCAUUCCCGGCCGGCGUGUCUGCGCACCUACAGCCUCCAGGAAGAGCCCUGCCCCAUGGCGCCGCUCGGACAGAACCGGGACAAAGACGUCAGCGCUGAAAGAGUUGGGGAGGACGAAAAGGAAGAUGAGGAGAAGGAGGAGGCGGGAGAAAAAGUAGAGAAGCCGCAGAAGGUGGUGUGGGACGAGCGGGGGAUGACGUGGGAGGUGUACGGCGCCUCAGUGGACCUGGAGUCUCUGGGAACCGCCAUCCAGUCCCACCUAGAGUCAAAGAUACGGGACCAGGAGCAGCACAUUAGGACUCUGAGGAAAUCCAUCUGCUGUGAAGGAAACCUGCUCAGCAAGAAACGGAAAAAAGUACGAGGGGGGGCUCUGGUGUGCUGUGGGGGGGCACCGGCAGCAUCGGACUGAUUUCACCGCCAUGACGUCACCAUGCAGAGCAGGCCGUCUGUACUCUGCAUGCAAAUGAGGAUUACCAAACAAGCUUGAAUGACCGCAACACAAAACAUUUCUGCAUUUAGUGAAACGUCUGCAUCCGCUAAGGUCCUCCAAACUAAACCAGUCCAGAUCCCUCACAGCCAUGAUGGACCAAACUAAACCAGUCCAGAUCCUUCACAGCCAUGAUGGACCAAACUAAACCAGUCCAGAUCCUUCACAGCCAUGAUGGACCAAACUAAACCAGUCCAGCUCCCUCACAGCCAUGAUGGACCAAACUAAACCAGUCCAGAUCCCUCACAGCCAUGAUGAACCAAACUAAACCAGUCCAGCUCCCUCACAGCCAUGAUGGACCAAACUAAACCAGUCCAGCUCCCUCACAGCCAUGAUGGAUCAAACUAAACCAGUCCAGAUCCCUCACAGCCAUGAUGGACCAAACUAAACCAGUCUAGAUCCCUCACAGCCAUGAUGAACCAAACUAAACCAGUCCAGCUCCCUCACAGCCAUGAUGGACCAAACUAAACCAGUCUAGAUCCCUCACAGCCAUGAGGGACCCAGGAGGAGCCACCAACCACUGAUCUGACUACAAGGACCAACAUUUUCUCCUCUUUCCGCUGUCUCAUCUUCCGUACUUUUUGAAAAAUCUGCUUUCAAGCAGGUUUCUGUAUCAGUCACAUGACCAAUUCUAAGUUGAUCAGAAAUGGAAUCAAACCAGGAUCUCUCUCUGUUGUGUCCAAAUUCCCUGGUUAGUGCACCUUAUGCGCCAUUCGCCAUUUCGUAUGUGUCUGAAUCUACAAUUUGAAAAUCCAGUGCCAAGGAAAUGUUCCAGAAGUCUGUUGUACCUUGAUGCUUAAAUUAAUGCAAAUUAAUUUUAGCAUCAAUUCUCCAAGUUUUCAUCAUCAGAACACAAAUGGAUUCACAAUUAGUCUUUGUAAAAUAUUCUUAUUUAUUAGGGUGUCACUCCUGCAAAUGGAUGACAUCAUAUUUGCGGAAAAAAUGUUUUUAAAAAAAGUAAGCAUGUGUCCAAAUAGCGUUAAAAUCCAAGACGCCGGAUAGACUUUAAGGGGCUGAGCUCAAUAACCCUUUGACGUUCUUUGGAUUAUCGUAACUCUUUAAUCGUUUACGCAAUUGUUUUAUGGCGUAAAGCUGCGCCAGCAUCCGGUAAAUUUGUUAAAUGCGUAAACAGUCAAACAGUUACGGUAAUUGAAAGUGUUUUAUUUUGCUGUCGCCGGUGACGACUCCGCUGUUAAAAGGUUAAGACAUGUUCCGUCAAAAUGCUAACGUUCAAAGUUUCACAUAUUUCCAGAUGGAUAGUUGACAUAAACACGAGCCGUUUGUGUUUGAAUAAUGUUCAGAGCAGUGAAUUGACAAUUACACAAAAACAACGAUGAGAGGCAAAAAGCUGAGAAAAGUCUUCAAUGAGUCACGGAUUCAUGUUUGACUGGGAAAAAAAGUCAAAAACAGAGAAAUGCUUCAUGAUUCUGAGCUGAUUUUUGAAUCCGACGGUUUCAUGUCGGGACAUCAGAGCUUGUUGAACAGCCGAACAGAUUCAGAUUCUUUUUCUGUCUGUUUUCUGGAGAUGUUUAAAGGUGUUUCAGUGUUUGGUGCAGCAGCAGCAGUUAGCUUCAUUCUGAAGCUGCUGAUGUGGAGCAGAAGCUGGUAAAUAUUUCAUCUAGCCUGUUUCCUCUGAAAGUCUGGAGCCAACGAUUGUGUGCUUUCCUGUCCAGUUUUCACCUCUUCCCUUUAGGCUGCUCUUCUUGUUUUUUUCUCACUCCAUUUUUCAGUCUUUUCUUUCUUUCUUUCUGACAUUUCAGUGCUUUCUUUUGGAGUUUUAAAAUCUCCUGAGUUCUGAUUCUUUUUCUCUGGUUUUCCUCUUGAUUCUGUGCUUUUCUUCUUCCUCAUCUUCCUCCCUUUUGUUUUGAACUCCUUUCUUUCUUUUUCUCUCUCACGUGGACACGUCUCUCUUCUUUCUCUCCUUUUCUUUUUUCCAGCUGUCUUCUGUUGACGGAGCCGGAUUUCAAUUAUUCAUCAGCAUUAAAGUCGUGUUCAUGUUAA